AUCGAUAACGUCGAUAUUGAUAGCACGUGUUGUGGAAGCGUUUUACUUUACCAUACCAUAUAUUUAUUAAAUAUUAAUAGCAGUUUUAUUUAAAAUACAAUGGCUAUGCUGGCAGAACCACGUCGCCGCAAACGGUAUAAUUUGUGCCCGCGCGGCAAAGCGCUCUACGAAGAUGAUGCUCGCUUUGGCACCAAAAUGCUGGAAAAAAUGGGCUGGACCAAGGGUAAAGGUCUUGGCGCCAACGAGGAUGGCCAACAGGAAUUUGUUCGAGUUCGCUUGAAGAACGACGCUGAAGGAUUGGGCUUCGAGGCAAGGGAUGACCAGUGGACCGUUCAUGAGGAGGGAUUCAAUGGGCUCCUUAAAUCCCUCAAUGGUGGCGCUGAUGAAACCAAUGGUGCAAACGGAGCGGCCUCCGCAUCUGAAGAUGAAGCCAGACCCAUGGGUUUCGGGUUUAAAGCCGCAGAACCCGAGGAGCCACCUAAAAAGAAGCUCAAAGAGAAGAUCAGUGGCAUAUCGCUGGAGGAGGCGUCCAAGGCGAGCAAGGCGCGAGUGCACUACAAGAAAUUCACACGGGGUAAGGAUCUAUCGCAGUACAGCGAAAAGGACCUGGCCAAUAUUUUCGGCAAAAAGGCCACCGAAGAUAUUGCGGCACCAGUGAAAAUAGAGCUGCCACAAGUAGAAGAAAAGGAGAUAAACCCCAAUUUUAGUGGCGUCACAACAGUUCCCACUGGGCUUUCUGUCCAUGAUUAUUUCAAGCAGAAAAUGGAAGCCAUGAAAAAUAGACUCAAAAAUGGAAACGCAGCUACCCUGACGCAAAGCAAAGAGGAUCAGACAGAGAUCGACCAAAACGAGCCCAUCAAAAAGAAGAAGAAAAAGGACAAGGAGAGAACGGUCGAAGUGCCUGCUGAGGUGGAGGAAAAUGUAGAGCCUAAGCUAAAGAAAAAGAAGAAGUCGAAACGUGCGUCCGACCAUGAAGUUGAGCCAUCAGAUAAAACUGAGAAAGAGAAGCCAGGGGAAGAAUUAUCUAUAGAUGAAACAGCUCCAAAAAAGAAAAAGAAAGCAAAGGAAAUUGUAGAAACCAUUGAGAGAGCCAUUGCUCCAGAGCCAAUUCAGGAAGUAGCAAACGAACCGUUGAAAAAGAAAAAAAAGUCAAGGGAAGGUAAAAAAGUGGUCGAGACCAAGGAAGUUGCAGAAUCCGAAGAAGCGACGGCCGUUCCACAAGAAGCUGAGAAUACACCAUCAUCCAAAAGUAAAAAGAAGAAAAGAUCGAAGGAAACAGUUGAAAGCCUUUCAGAGCCUAUUGAGGAGAAAGCCAGUAAAGUCUCAAAAAGUACACCUGAAGAAUCCUUAGAAGAAGUUCCACUGAAAAAGAAAAAGAAGUCCAAGAAAGUCAAGGAGAUAGACGAGGACAUUGGAUUGGAAUCAGAGAUCACUGAAAAAUCGUCAAAGAAAGAGAAAAAAUCCAAAAGCGAUGUACCUGAAGAUCCCACAACAGCACCAGCAGUUGACAGCGGAAGGAAGCACAAGGACGCUGUAAGUGCUGAACCCAACUCAUCCGGCGAUAAAAGCGAUCAAUCAGCCGAUGAAGAUCAGCCUGAGGAGCUCUUAUCUCUGGACGAAAUAAAAGAAAAAAUCAAAUUAUUCAAUAUCUGUACCAUCUCUCAAUUUUGCGCAGACAAAUUCCAAAUGUUUGAUAUGAAUGCGUUUCGAGACUCGACGCUGACUGAAAUAACAGGCUACGGGAGCAGCGAAAACAUGGAGCUGAGGGUGGAGGAGAUGAAGCACGACGACAAGCGAAUUAUGGACCUUUGGAGGAAUGAAUCUUAUGCCAGCUUUAAGAAAUCUGAUAGAUUCACAAACCUCAGAUAUCCGCAGCAGGUGAAGCGCACAACGCUACGGGCAGUGAAGAAAAGAUUCGCAUUUCAGGCCAUCUAAUUAAGGCAAAACGAAAUAUAUGUAAUUCAACGUGAUUCUUAAUACGAUUUGUUUGUACAGAAAGAACUUAAUUAAGUAAAUUUUAAGCUUCAUGGUCUACAUUUUAAUGUGUAACGCCGUUAAUUAAACUGAACUAUACCCCGCAAA